AUGAAAAAAGAAAGCUUCACUCAUGGCUUAUUUGACUGCUUUGGUGACUUUGGUACUUGCAUUUUGUCUUGCUGCUGCCCUUGUGUUACCUAUGGCCAGAAUCUACAGCGUGCAGAAGGCAAGGACGGAUGCUGCAUGGAUGCAACCUUUUAUCUUUUCACCAUGUUCUGUGGUCUUCAUUCUUGCUGUGGAUGCUAUGGGCGUGGCCGUGUCCGCCAUGCAACCAACAUAACAGAAGGCUCUGUUGGCGACUGCUGUGCACAUUUGUUUUGUGCUCCAUGUGCUCUCACACAAGAGAAGCGGGAAUUGGAUUCAUGUGGCAGAUAG